AUGUUGGAAUCUGCCUUCCAACGAUUUACCCACAACAUCAAGUUCUACCGACGGUAUGUCGACGACACUUUCGUGAUCCUAAAUCGCAACCUCCUGGACGAAUUCCAUUCGACCCUGAACAGCAUUGAACCGUCCAUUCAGUUCACUUGCGAACUUGAACAGGAGAACCGGCUCCCCUUCCUGGACGUAUCCGUACGCAGACUCACCACCGGCCUGAUUCAAACUUCCGUCUACCGCAAGCCCUUUGAUACUGGUAAUUUCCUAAAUUUCGAAUCCUACCAUCCGAUUGAACACAAACGCAGUGUAGUGAGAACCCUGCUUCAACGCUGUGAAGAUUUCGCCUCGUGCCCGGAACAACGUACGUCCGAGGAGAUGAUAAUCAAGGAGUCACUCAUGAAACGAAGAUACCCGCUACGUUUCUUUGAGAAUACACGAAAACGCAUGCACGAACCCAGGACCCGAAGGAAAGACGAUUUCCGACACGGCAUCGUCACCAUCCCAUACGUCAAAGGUGUAUCAGAAUCCACUCGGCGAGCCCUCCUCCCGUUAAAAAUCAAGACUGUAUUCAAGCCCUGCCUGAAACUUCGUUCACUGAUUUCUAAGCCAAAAGACCAUAUUCCCCCUGAGUCCCAGACGGGUGUUGUGUAUAAAGUACAGUGUCUGGGUUGCGAGGUGUCCUACAUUGGAGAGACGGGCCGCAAGCGCAGUACAAGACUAAAAGAGCACGAACGAGAUGUUCGCAACUCAACAAACGCAACGCGAUCUAAGACAGAGCUCACCCAGCAUUGUUGGAACACAGAUCACUCUUUUGACUACGCGAAUGCUGUGACCUUAGCCAGAGAACAAAGGUGGGGCCCCAGGAAACUGCUUGAGUCAUGGCACCUGCGAGGAGAACCUUCAGUGUGUAAUACCAAUCGCGGCCCCCUCCCCGAAGUGUUCGCCGACCUGGUUAAGUAA